CCUCCCCCCCCCCCCCCCCCUUCUCCCGGGGGCCGCUCUCCUCUCGCCCUCCGUCCUCCUCCCCCAUCCCGUGCCGAUCUCCUCGCGUCGGCGUCGGGAAGGAAGGAAGGAAUGGCGGCCGCGCUGCGGGCGCUGCUGCUGGCCGCCGCCGCCGCCGUCGUGCUUCUGGCGUCGGGGGCGCGCGGGGCGGCGGGGCGGACGGCGGCGGCGGAGGCGGCCAACGCGGUGCUGCGGGCGCACCAGCUCCCCGGCGGGCUGCUGCCCGCGGGGAUCACGGCGUUCCGGCACGACGCCGCCACGGGCGCGUUCGAGGCCGACCUGGCCGCGCCCUGCACGACGCGCUUCGAGGUCGAGCUCCGCUACAACGCCACCGUGGCCGGGGUCAUCAGCCGCGGACGGAUCGCCGCCAUCUCCGGGGUCGCCGCACAGGACCUCUUCAUAUGGUUCCCCGUCCACGACAUCACCGUCGACAUCCCCUCGUCUGGCGUCAUCUACUUCAACGUCGGCGUCGUCAAGAAGCACUUCCCGCUCGCCCUCUUCGACGCGCCGCCGGCCUGCACGCCCGACCGCCUCCUCCGCACCACCCCGCAGCGGCUGGAGGACGUCGACUUGGACGGAUUGCUCAUCAGCGGUUCGGCGUCGCAAUGAUGGAACGAACGGGCGAUUCGACAGCGGCGGCGAGCCAGAGACCAGAAGCGCAGUUUUGAGAGGAGACGAUCGCCGGUCGGGCGACGACGGUCGCCGCGGCGGCCGGCCCGGCCGGCUUCUGUGCAGAUAGAUAGCGUGGCCAUUCUUCCUGUUCCCUACUCCCUAGCUAGCAACCAACCCCCGUCCGCAUCGUUUCGUCACCUCUGUUCUCGUUGUCGUUCAUGUCCGUGUCCCUUGCGGGCGGAAGCCGCCGGCCGGUCGGCCGGCAGCCACGGAGAAUCCUGCUGAUUCGGCAGGCAGCGACGGGGGAGGGAAGCAUGUGCCCGUCUUCCUUCUGCACCUCAUCGUGCUCCGGUGGCCGUGGCGGCGGCCGUCGGCGAUAUUUUUCGCGGAAAUGGAUGGUUCUUGUACAUGUCAAGUCUUGGAAUGGUGAAUGCUUCCUUCUGUA